CUUCCCGCACCUGGGCGCCUGCCUGGACGAGGCGCAGCUGCUCGGCCACGGGCGGCGCAUGCUGGAGGCGGUGGGCGUGGCCGUGCGGCACAUGGACCACCUGCGCGCCGCCCUGAGCCCGCUGGCCGACCUGCACGGGCAGGUGCUGCGCGUGGACCCGGCCAACUUCCCGCUGCUGAUCCAGUGUUUCCAGGUGCUGCUGGCCUCCCACCUGCAGGACGAAUUCACAGUGGAGAUGCAGGCGGCGUGGGACAAGUUCCUGACCGGCGUGGCCGUGGUACUGACCGAAAAGUACCGCUGAACCCGGAUCCCGCAGCCCUUGGUCUGCUCAGUCAAUAAAGAGGCCGCAAACGUCUGCA